CCAAAUUCAAAAAUAUUUUUCAAUACCUUUCUUUUUUAUCCAAGAACAAACAUACACACACAUACACACACUACAGUACAUGUCUGAUAAAAAGAACGUCGACUUUAAUUCCAUCUAUUGUGGUCUUCAGCCUGAUGUAGGUCGUUUUCGUCUCUCACAAAACGGUCUUGGUUGGAAAGGUGGCAGAGAUCGUACUAUUAUUGUCGCUACGGACAAUUUAAAGAAAAUGACGUGGAUAAGAGCUGCAAGAGGUUUUGAACUUCGAGUUUCUCAAAAAGAUAAUACUGUUUUACGAUUUGAUGGUUUCAAACCUGAUGAUUUGGAAGAAUUAAAAGAUGCUGUCAAGUUGUUUUACAAGCUGCCUAUUGAAGUCAAAGAAGUGAGUGUCAAGGGUUGGAAUUGGGGUAAAACUGAAUUUCAAGGAUCUACGCUUAAUUUCAGUGUGGGUAAUAAAACCAUGUUUGAAUUACCUCUUGAACAAGCCAUUGCUACCAACAAACCCGGUAAAAAUGAAGUUGCCAUCAAUUUUGUCGAUCCUGGACAGCCUGCACCUGAUGGCAUUAACCCUAAAGACAUGGACGAACUGAUGGAUGUCUCAUUUUAUGUUCCUGGCACAGUGGCAAAGGAAGUGACAGACGAUACUGAAAACAAUGAGGAAGAAGAAGAAGUGAAUGCAGACAUGGUGUUCUAUGAAACUGUGAAAUCCAAGUUAGAAUUAAGCCAGAUGACAACAGAAAAUAUUGUUCAAUUCCAAGAAGUGUUGUGUCUUACACCCCGUGGUCGUUACAAUAUCGAUAUGUAUCAAGACUUUCUUCGUCUUCGUGGUAAAACAUAUGACUACAAGAUUCUUUAUUCCAACAUCAUCAAACUCUUUUUGUUAUUGAAGCCUGAUGAAGUCCAUGUUUUGUUUGUGAUUGGUUUAGAUCCUCCACUUAGACAAGGUCAAACAAAGUAUCCGUUUUUAGUCUUCCAAUUUGUACGUGAAGAAGAAAUCGAUAUUGAAUUGAAUUUGGAAGAAGAAGCAUUAGACGAAAAAUACGAAAACAAGCUUCAGAAACAUUACGAUGCACCUACUUAUGAAGUUGUCAGCAAUGUCUUUAGAGCCUUGACAGGCAGAAAGGUCACUGUUCCUGGUUCUUACAAGAGUCACCACGGUGCUAGUGCACUCAAGUGUUCUAUGAAAGCCAAUGAAGGCUUUUUAUAUCCAUUGGAAAAGAGUCUGUUGUUUAUUCCUAAACCUCCCACUUUUAUUCCUUUGAAUGAAAUCAGUGUUGUUACCUUUAGCCGUGUAGGUGGUCAAUCAGGAGGCAGUUCUCGUACAUUUGAUAUGAAGAUCAACAUGAAGAGUGGCAAUGAUAUUCAAUUCUCUAGUAUUAACAGAGAAGAAUAUGCUAAUAUUGAAGAUUACUUGAAGCAAAAGAAGAUCAAGAUCAAGAGUGAAGGCAAUGAAGACGCUAUGAUGACCUACACUGAUUUAGCUGAAUUGGACGAUGAAGACGAUGAAGAUGAUGAAUAUGAUGCUAGAAAGAGACGUAGAACAGAAGGUGGUGCCAUGACUGGUGGAGGAGACGAUGAUGAUGAUGAAAGUCCUGAUGAGGAUUUCGCUCCUGGUAGUGACAGUGAUGUUCCUGAAGAAUAUGAUUCUGAUGCACAAGGCUCUUCAGAAGAAGGAGACGAAGAUGAAGAUUAAAAACAUAAUAACAAUAAAGAGUAGUGAAAAGCAAAAGUAUUAUUAUUAGUAUUAAGUAAGAAUAAAGUGUGUGUGUGUGUGUGGAGAGAGAGAGGGGAGAAAUAAUAUAUGUAUAUAUGUAUUUAUGUAUGGAGAAUCUGUACAAUAAUAAAAAGAGAGAGAGCGAGUGGACUGGGGGAAUCCUUUUUUUUUUUUGGUGUUUUCACUGUUUACAUGAUACCAUUUAGAUUUCUUUGUUGUUGUUGUUGUUGUUGUU